AUGGUGCAUAUAUUGUUGGUUGUGUUUGCUCUUGUUUUCCACAUUGCAAUUGGCAACGGUUCAACUUGCCCGAAUCAAGAAUGGAUAGAACAAUCUCUCAAGAAAAUCCAUGUACCAGGCGCUGCGAUCAUCGUGGUCAAUGCCACUCAUGUCCUCUAUGAACAAGCUGUUGGCUACAAAUCUUUAUCACCAAAAGAGCCUAUAGAUAUUGACAAAUCCAUUUUCUCUCUCGGUUCGAUUUCGAAAACUUUUAUAGGUAUCGCUGUUAUGCAACUUGUCGAGCAAGAACUCGUCGAUCUUGAUGCGGACAUUAAUCAAUAUUUAUCGGAACCGCAGAGACGCAUCUUCCAUCCACAUUAUCCUUCGCAUUCGAUUACUCUACGCAAGUUACUCUCGCACUCAGCUUCAAUCUAUGUCAAUCGUCAAGCCGAAGAUUCCCUUUUUAAACCGGGUGACGAAGCAUUCAAAGAAUCGCUGGCUGAUGUGUGUUUCAAAUAUGCGAAUCCAAACACAUCCAACUGGUUACCAAAACCACCUGGCAGUGUGUCAUUGUAUUCAAAUGUGGGCUCGUCACUGGCUGCAUUGGUUGUUGAACGAAUUGUGAAUAUGAGCUACAGCGAUUAUGUCGAAGAAAAAAUUCUUAAGCCACUUGGUAUUGAUAUCACCAAAACUGGUGUGCAUUUGUCCGAUUUUGAAAAUCCAGAUGAUCUUGUCAAGAGUUAUGCUUAUGCGUCCGAUGCAUUCUAUAUUGAACAAUGGCACCAGAUGAUGCCACAAUUCAAUAUCACACAGAUCUCGGAUAAUAUUCCCACGUGGCUACAUUUUCCAUAUUUCAGUUUGAGCACCUAUCCGGCUGGUCUGUGGCGUAUGUCGGCUCGUGCUUUAUCCGUAUAUCUUCGCAUGUUUCUCAACAAUGGAUCGUCUAUCCUCCAUCCGCGAUCCAUUGCCGAAAUACGAACAGUGGUCGGCUGUGGUGUCAUACCGAUGUUUACUCCAGAACCGGUUAAUAAUAAUACGAUACAACGACGACUAGAAUAUGGCCUUAGUUGGUAUUGGGUAACCACAGACAAAGGUGAUCGAUACUUUGGUCACGCUGGAGAGUUGCCGGGCAUGGCACAUGUGAUGCUCACUAAUAAGAAGAAUAUAGGUGUGAUUAUCCUAUCAAAUGCAGAUACGAACGCACCGAUUAAUUUAACGCAACAGAUUUGGAAAACUUACGAAGAUAUUUAUGUGUCAUUUUUUCAAUGUUUGGACCCCGAUCUGGUUCAUGCAUCUGCAUUCCGUACAAAAGGAAAUCUUUUUGGACUCUUUAUUUCUAUUAUUCUUGUAUUCCGCACUGUCAUAGCCUAA